AUAAUUUCAGCCUCUCCAACAAUUCACGCGCCGGAGAUCGAUCAUUCAUGGGAUCAUCCAGCUCGAUCGGCGGCGGCGGCUCUGCCUACCUCUUCUUCUUCGCUCUGCUUUUUCAUGCGAUGGAAGCAGCAGUGGGCGUCGAUCUACUUGACCCAACGGCGGAAGUUUCGAAGGUAUUAGUUAACGGAGAAACCUCCGCCAUCAACGUCCCACUGGCCGGAACCAAUCCUCCGGCGAUGUCGCUGAAGGUGGAGGAGCGGAUGGGGGAAGAAGGACUUUGCUCAAAGGAAGAUAUACUGCUGUACCAGGGGGAAACGGCGCCGCUUCCCAACGGGAUUCCGACCUACACGGUGCAGAUUCUGAACACCUGCGCCGGCAGUUGCGCCGUCGGUGUCAUCCACGUGCGAUGCGGAUGGUUCAGCUCCGCCCGCCUGAUCAACCCCCGCGUCUUCCGACGGCUCAGCUUCGACGACUGCCUCGUCAACGACGGCGCCGCCAUUGCGCCGGGAGGCUCCGUCUCCUUCCAGUACGCUAACUCGUUUCCCUACCCGCUCUCCGUCGCCUCCGGCGCCUGCUAAUCACCGAGAGAUCCUCUCUCCAGUUGCUUGAUUAAUUGGUCGCCACGUGUAAUAAUGGACGUCGGAUCAGUUGAAUUAAUAACUAAGUGAAAUAUAUUCUCUGCAGUAUA